GUCCAAUUUCUCCUCUUUUGUGCCUGGAGCGAGCGGGGGAGCCAAACUCCAUGGAGCUUCUCAGGUGUGUUUCAAAUUAAAGAAAGAGCAAUUGACAGUCAGCUGGAGUGUCUGUUCUGUAUUGUUGUAUUAGAUUCUGAUUUUGUGAAGAUGAGUAGGAAACUGCAACAAGCAUGACAUCUUUGGCCAACAUCAUUCCUUCCCAACAAACUGAGUGGGUCUCCUUCAGUGAUGGUCUGCACCUUUCUGUUACCUCCCAAGGCCACACUAGGGAGCCACUUGAGAGAUUUCUUUCCUCCUCUGAUACUUCCUCUGAAGGCAUCCAAAAUCUAGAUGGAGAAUUGCCAAGUCUUUCACAUGCUGAGUUGGGAGAAAGAAUAAGCAAAACAGCUGUAGGCCUUGAUCUGUCUUCAUCCUUCAACACAUGGGUCCAGUUUGAAGAUGCACCCUGGACCAACAGUUCACCAGAGCAUCCACGUACAGCCUCAUCUCCAAAACUAUUUUGCUGGAUGUGUCCCUCCUUGGGAUAUUCAGAGAGACAACCUCUUGCUUCGGACAGCAGUUGGACAACUACUUCAGAAAACAGUAGCAGCCCAAGUAUCACCCCUUCUUAUACUGAUCUUCAGUCAAUAAAUACAGAGGAUCUGACUAGUGGAGGCGCAUCUGCUGCAGACUCAACUGACAAUUCCUCAUCCCUUCUUGAAGAUGAAGAGCUAGGUAUGGAGGCCACCAGCUGGCAGCUGAACAACACAUCCAUUAAUGGCCACAGUGAAACUGCAACCACAGCCCGUUUUCCCAGCUGGGUGACUUUUGAUGACAAUGAAGUUAGUUCCAUUUCUCCUAUAACUGUAUCUCCUGUGAAACAAGAAUCCUCGUCAUUAGCAGAAGCAGCAACAACAGCGACCACACAGGUCACAGAUGUGAACUCUAGUACCCCCUUAUCCUUUAAAAAAAGGGAACGCCCCAAGAGCACCUUGAGUGAUCCCUCUAAAGUUCAGAAGCUAGAUCUUUCUUCCAUAACCUGGUUGCCAUCAGUUGGUGGAACACCCCCCUGGAGCGCUACUAAUCCUUUCCUUGAUGUAUCAUUGAGGGAUGUUCAACCUUCUCCUAUCAAUCCAUUCAGUUCUUUUUUUGAGGAAAGGGAUAGGCGUUCCCAAGGGAACUCUAUCUCUGGAAUCCCUAGUAAAAACCAGAGAGAUUCUUUUCUUAUCCUACAUCAAGAACCUGAUUCCAUUAGCUUCAAUGAGCCAAGUAAACACCUCAGACAUAGAGAUGCUAUUGAGCAACUCAAGCAACUCCAUAUUGGGGAUCCAGAUCAGCGGAAUGUCCUCAGUUUGCCAGAUGAUGACCCCACAGUCUCUACUGAGCUGGAUAGUACCUUGUCUACUUUGGGGCCACCUCAGCAAAAAGAUGGUUGGCCAAUGAUGUUGAGGAUACCAGAAAAGAAGAAUAUAAUGUCUUCUAGGCACUGGGGUCCAAUACAUGUCAAAUUGACAGAUAGCAAAUAUUUACAGCUCUUCUAUGAAAAGGGACUGGAAAAGCCUUUUAAGGAGUUCAAACUUGAAAUAAAUCAUGAGAUUUCAGAACCCAAGCUUCAAAACUAUGAUGAAAAUGGAAGGAUACACACUGUGAGAAUAGACCGUGUCACCUACAAGGAAAAAAAGAAAUACCAACCAAAGGCAGCUGUUUCUCACAUAGCAGAAAAGGAACAGGUCAUUAAGCUAGGAACCACCAAUUAUGAUGAUUUCCUUAGCUUUAUCAGGGCAGUUCAGGAUUCAUUGAUGGAUUUGCCUGCUUCCUCAACAGACUUAAGUACAGUGGGACUGAACUACCAAGAGGAGGAAAUCACUAUUGAUGUAAAGGAUGAAUUCUAUGGAAUUUUGGCCAAAGGAGACAACAGGAUCUUACAGCACAAUGUAUUGACACGAGUGCACGUGCUCAGUUUUCUUUCUGGACUGGCAGAAUGUAGGCUGGGCCUCAAUGACAUCCUUGUUAAAGGGAACGAAAUUGUUUUGCGGCAGGACAUCAUGCCCACUACCACUACCAAGUGGAUUCAAUUGAAUGAUUGCCAUUUCCAUUCAUGUGUGGAUGAGGAGGCAUUUGCCAGUGCCCGUGUCAUUAUGUUUAACCCUUUGGAUGCUUGCCGAUUUGAACUAAUGCGCUUUAGGAGUGUGUUUUCUGAGAAGACGUUGCCUUUUACUUUAAGGGUUGCAGCUAGUGUCAGUGGUGCUGAGGUGGAGCUUCAGAGCUGGCUGAUGAUGUCACCAGGGUUCUCAUCCAACAGAGAUCCUCUAACUCAAGUCCCCUGUGAAAAUGUGAUGGUCCGUUAUCCUGUGCCACAUGAGUGGGUGAAAAACCUCCGGAGAGACAGUGUCCUUGGGGAGAAGUCCUUGAAAGCAAAGGUGAACAAAACUGCUAGCUUUGGAUCCACCAGCGUGUCUGGUUCUGAGCCAGCAAUGAGGGUAACACUAGGAACUGCCAAAUACGAGCAUGCUUUCAAUUCCAUUGUGUGGAGGAUAAAUCACCUGCCUGAUAAAAAUUCUGCUGCAGGUCAUCCUCAUUGCUUCUUUUGCCACCUGGAGCUUGGCUCAGACCAGGAAGUGCCUUCUCGUUUUGUCCGCUACGUGGAUGUAGACUUUGAUAUGCCAACCAGUUCAGCAUCCAAGGCUGCCAUUCGGUCCAUCUCUGUGGAAGGCAAGACGGAUGUGAGGAAGUGGGUGAAUUAUGCAGCACAUUACAGUUAUAAGGUGGAAAUAGAGAGGAAAAAAAGCUUGAAUCCUGAUAUCUUGGGAGAAGACACUGACAGUGCCAAGGAAUGUGCUGUACAGUGAAAGAAAGAAGUAGCUGUUGUUUGAAAACAAUAAAUGCAACAGGAUUUGAAGAAAAGGAACACUGUGCCUCACUUCUGCAGCCAGAAGAACCAGGAAGUAUUUGGAGUGUCAUAUCUCUCUUACCAUACUGAAAAAAAUUCUUUUGAGAUUUGUUUGCAGCAGCUUAGUAUUCAGGUAGAAUUACACUAAGUAUAUAGGCUUGUGGUGGACUCAAGCCUGUCUUCAUCUGUUCCAGUAUUCUUUCUAUAGCAAAUAACUAUACAGGUAGCCCUUGAUUUACAACUACAAUUGAGGCCAGCACUUCCAUUGCUAAGAGAUGUGGUUGUUAAGUGAGUUGUGCUGGAUUUUACAACCUUUUUGCCAUGGUCAUUAAGCAA